ACCAACAAAUACUCUCUUUCUCUCACCUUCUCUUGUACAAAAAAACCAACAAAUACUCUCUCUCUCUCUCUCUCUCUCUCUCUCUCUCUCUAAAACUCCACCUCUCUUUUAGAAACAAGUACCCAUAACAAUGUCUUCUACAAGGAGAAAGAUCUCUCAACACCCAGUAAUAACCAACAUCGGAUGCGGUUGCCGGCGGCCAAAGCUCUCCAACAUUUUCACUCCAAAACCCAAAACCAAACCUUCCAACCAUCCCAAACACCCCCAUCAACCCCGCUCUAAUUCGUCCAUCUCCUCCAAGAAGGCCCACCUCUCCAUUCAAGACCACAACCACAAUUCCACAUCUCCACAUCGCUUCAAGAAUCCAAAGCCACUGAAAUCCUCCAGCAGAGUCAGCGAAAGCGUGGCGGUAGUAAAAGAUUCCGACGACCCAUAUCUCGACUUCCGGCACUCGAUGCUACAGAUGAUCUUGGAGAAAGAGAUCUACGGCCGAGAUGACCUCCGUGAACUCCUCGACUGCUUCCUAUCGUUGAAUUCUCCCUACCACCACGAGAUCAUCGUUCAGGCCUUCUCAGAGAUCUGGAACGGGGUCUACUCGGCACCGAAUACGCACAGACGGUGGAGGUCACGUGACUCAGAGGGAAUCGCACGUGGCGAGUACACGCGACAUGUGGGGGCUUUGUGGGGUCAAAAUGUUGUUGCAGGGUUUAAGAAUGACGUUGGGAUUUGAAUAAUAAUGUGAUAAUAUUGGGUUUUAAUGAAAGGGUUUUGUUUUGUUU